UUCAGACAUGCUCAGGAAACUGGACUUGAUGUGGUCACUCUCUGUCCAAGUAUAGUUAUUGGACCUCUACUGCAAUCAACUGUGAAUGUUAGCAGCUUCUUGCUCCUCGACAUUUUGAAAGGAUCCAGUGAGUAUACAGAGAAGGAUCGUAACUGGCUUUUUGUCGAUGUCAGAGACGUAGCUGAAGCUGCACUUCUGAUGUAUGAGAAGCGUGAGGCAUCUGGUCGUUAUAUUUGCACACUUGACCCCAUUAAAAUUGGCGACUUCUUCGGCAUGUUGGAGAACUUGUAUCCUGGUUUUCAAUACCAUAAGAA